CGGCGACGGCGACGGCGACUGGGAUGGAGGCCUUGGAAAGCCGCGGAAGAGGGUUGGCGAAGCUGGCGGUGCAGCAGCAGCUCCGAGCCGCCUAUGGGAUCAAGGUGAAGAACCGGCCGGCGAAAGGGAAGCCCUUGCCCGCCACCGCCGGGGAGGGAAAGGGCAAAAUAUUUGGAUUAGCUCUUCAUGAAUUACCUCAUCAAGAUGUGCCUGAAUAUGGCCGUAUACCUUGCUUCUUAGUUGAGGCAUGUCAAUAUUUAGAAGAACACAUUGGCACUGAAGGGCUCUUCAGACUAUCCGGAUCAGUUGUUCGCAUAAAAGCAUUAAAGGGUAAACUGGAUCAAGGUGAAAACUGCCUGUCAACUGCUCAGCCCUGUGAUGUUGCGGGGCUUCUGAAGCAGUUUUUCAGAGAACUGCCUGAGCCCAUUCUCCCAAGUGACCUGCAAGAAGCUCUCAUCAAAGCCCAACAAUUGGGCAGCGAGGAGAAGAAUUCUGCCACAUUGCUGCUCUCCUGUCUUAUGAAUGACAGAAUAAUCAAUAUACUCAGAUAUUUUUUCAUGUUUCUCAAAAAAGUGUCUCUAAGGUAAGUUGUGCUUACUAUU